CGUGCUGCACUGCGGGCCUUUCUCUUUCUCUUCCGGUCCCAGGCGCUUCGGGAGCGGCGGGUUACCGUUCCGACAUGGCCAAGUCCAAGAACCACACCACACACAACCAGUCUCGAAAAUGGCACCGAAAUGGGAUCAAGAAACCCCGGUCACAAAGAUACGAAUCUCUUAAGGGGGUGGACCCCAAGUUCCUGAGGAACAUGCGCUUUGCCAAGAAGCACAACAAGAAAGGCCUGAAGAAGAUGCAGGCCAACAACGCGAAGGCAGUGAGUGCGCGUGCAGAGGCCAUCAAGGCCCUGGUGAAGCCCAAGGCGGUGAAGCCCAAGAUGCCAAAGGGCCCCAGCCGCAAGCUCAGCCGUCUCGCUUUCAUCGCUCACCCCAAGCUCGGGAAGCGGAUUAGAAGCUACAUGGCCAAGGGUCGUAGGCUCUGCCAACCAAAGCCCAAGGCUCAAACCAAGGCAGAGGCCUCAGCUCCAGCUCAGGCUCCCAAAGGUGCCCAGGCCCCUGUGAAGGCCCCCUAGAAAAGGUUUCUGUCUGCCAGACAGAUGGACUGGUGUGACACACCUACACACUAUUUGCAGAUGAUCAGGACCCCAUGCUGUUUUUACAAAUAAACUUGAGGCAGGAUCUGUUAA